CAGCCAGUAGGCGGAAGAGGGGGUCUACGCCUACUUUUCGCGAACGUGGACUGCGCCUUUCUGAGCCGCUGGUGACUCGGCCGGCCCGGCUGCUGACUCCGCAAAUCCACUGCCUUUGCAAAAGGAUCCACCAGCGGGAAGCCUAUAAAUGGCGCCCUCGGCUGCUGCACUCUGGUACCAAUCCGCAAUUCCUUACUCGCUAAGGCAUCAGCGCAACGCACGCAACACCGGAUCAGUCUGCUCUUCCGUUGAGCUUGUAGUCGAUCAGCUAGCUUAGCAGCCAUGAGGAAGUCGAGCAGCGGCCAUGUCAUCGGAGUCCCGGUGACCUCCAAGGCGUAUGGCAUAGAGGAGGUGUCCAGGGAUCCGUCGUUUAGGAAGGUCGAUGGUGAUCACCUUGCUGUCUCGUUGACGCACCCCAGCCCGUACGCGUCUUUCGGCUAUAAGCACAGUAGCAAGGGUCAGGUGAUCCACUGGGUGAGCAAGCUGAGCAGAAGGGCCCAAGGCUUCAGAGAGCAUGUGAGCUUGGGGCCGAAGCUGUCGGAGACUGUCAAGGGGAAGCUGAGCUUGGGGGCGCGGAUCCUGCAGGCCGGCGGGAUAGAGCGCGUGUUCCGGCAGGCGUUCUCCGCCGAGAAGAGCGAGCGGCUGGUGAAGGCGCUGCAGUGUUACCUCUACACCACCGGCGGCCCCAUCGCCGGGAUGCUCUUCGUGUCCACCAAGAAGGUCGCCUUCCGCAGCGACCGGCCCGUCACGGUCACCUCGCCCAAGGGCGACACGGUGCGGGUGACCUACAAGGUGGUGGUCCCGCUCAAGAGGAUCCACAAGGUGCGGCCGAGCGAGAACGUCGACAAGCCGGAGGAGAAGUACAUCCACGUCGCCACGGUGGACGGGUUCGAGUUCUGGUUCAUGGGGUUCGUGAGCUACCAGAGGUCGUGCAAGUACAUGCAGCAAGUCAUCUCUGACCUGCAAUGACUGCACGGCCGGGACCUUGGUUGAUGAGAGGUCCGGUGUUUGUUGCCCUGUCGGCACGAUGAGAAGAGAGGUUAUGGGCUGCUUCGCCACCUUUUGUUGCGAAGUAGUCCUAGCUACUAUUGCUCCAUCUAAUUUCGGAUCGGAGCAAUUGAUUUCCUUCCGCGUACGAUUUGGAUUAACUUAUGUUGCUCCAAGUGGUUGCCUUUUAGCAUGGACCGAGAAAUUGACCAUUGUGCAUGUUGUGGAAUGGAAGAGUUUUUCGUGUUCAUCUU